GCCGAAAAAGCGUAGAAAAAAUAGAAAAAAAAUCCAAUCAUUCCAUCACCGAACCUCAGCCUCGGAACCCCAGGUUCGGGCUCUGGAAAAUGCCAAGCCAAGCCAUGGAAAAAUAUUGCAAGGAAGAGAGAUAGAGAGAGAAAGAUAGAAAGCUUAAAAAUAAAAAAGAAGACAGAGAAACAGGGAGUUUGUUUUUUAGAGCGAGAAAGUGAAAAAGCACGGAGGUUUGGUGGGAGAUGGGGCAGAUCGUCAAGAGGAAGAAGAAAGGGAGGCCAUCGAAGGCGGAUCUGGCACGUCGAGGAGUUUCGCCGGCGACCGGGCCGGAAUCAGAGCCCCGGCGAAGUCUCCGGCGACGGAAUGUGCGGUACAACAUUGACUACGAUGAUUACCUGGACGAGGACUUCGAGGAGGAUGAGGAAGAGGAAGAGAGGGGAAGAGAAAAGAAGCUGAAGCUUGUAGUCAAGCUCAAUCAGAGUGGUGAAGUAGCCACUGCGGAGGCAACGUUGCAGAGCCGAGGCAGAGAAGCCGCGCGUGCUAGGGACGUGGGUAAAGACGAGGAAGGAGAGGAAGAAGAAGAGGACGAGGAAGAAGAGUUUGAGAGGAAGAAAGUGAAGAAGAGGAGAAUCAACGGCGGUGAUGAGGAAGAUGAUGAUGUUGAUGAUGAAGAUGACGAUGGUCGUGGUGCGGAGGUAUGUACUGAAUCAAUGUACGGACUUGCUGAGGGGAGAUUACAGAGAACAGCUCCGGGAAAUUACUGGGAAUUUAUUAAAGUUGUUGCCUUUCUGGAACAGGGUUGAGGGUUAUAGAAGAGUAGAACAGGGUCUCUCUCUAUCUAGGUUUUUUUGUUGUGGGUUUGUGUUGUAUGGUAUGGGGAGGUUUUUGAGAGAAAAUAACGGCCGGGUCAACUGUCAUAAACUAUAACAGCAACAGAAUCUGAGCACGCUCCCACCUUUCUCUCUCUUAUCCAACUCUCUCACUCACUCUCACUCUCUCUCACUCUCCCUCUCUCUCUCUCCAUAUGUGUCUUUUACACACAUUCUCUCUGUACCUACAUGAUGUCUGCUUUAGUUCUCUCUGUUGCCUGUCACUGUCUCAUGUCUUCUCUAUGUCUAUUGCACACGCAGCUUUCUCGGUUGUGUUGUAUGUAUGCAAUGUGUUGAGCUUCUGAGGGUUCAGACACUAAAGCUGUAAUUUUUUUUUCCUAUGUUUGUAACAGGGGAGAGGGAGGAAAGGGGAAUCAAAAGGGAAUGACUCGGUUCCAGGAACGCCGUCGGAUCAUCAAAUCGGGGUUCCGUUGCCAGACAAAAAGACAUUGGAGUUAAUUCUCGACAAGCUUCAAAAGAAAGACACGUAUGGGGUGUAUGCAGAGCCUGUUGAUCCUGAGGAGCUUCCAGACUAUCAUGAUGUAAUUGAGCAUCCAAUGGACUUUGCCACAUUGAGGAAGAAGCUGGGAAAUGGGUCCUAUUCUACCUUGGAACAAUUUGAGGUGUGUAUUCAUGCUAUUUGUUAUAGUUUAUAUUCAACUUGGAAUCUGGAAGUUUUCUUUUUGGACAGUCUGAAUUGUUUUGUUCAUGUUGCCAGUUUGGUAGUUGAGGUUGUUGUUUAGUCCUGGAAUGAAAGCAUGACCUUUUUGUUGGGAACGAGUAUUAGGCUUUGUUAGAGAGUCUGAAGUUUACUUGGUUUUCCAAGUCAAUGAGAGAUAGUGGUGUGUGUAUCCUAUAUAUGAUGGUGUGACCACUUCCUCUUAACUGUUCUGUACAGCAACUUGGUUGAGGGAGUUUCAA